AUGAAAAAUUUGGUAUGGAAAACUGUAUGGAAAAAUGCAAAUUUCAGGGUGUUAAGAAAAAAUGGUGGUUUGCAUACUAUGCAUAUUCCUUCAACAACAAUUAGUAGUAGUAAUGAAUUUACUGCAACUGAAAAUAGAGAUUCCACAACAACAAACGAAAAUAAUUUUAUAUUUAAAACGAGCUCUUAUUCUCAAAAACAUUUAAGGGCAAAAAUUCCAAAGCCUAUAAAAAUUAGAUAUGAAGAAGAUGAAUUAAGAAAAAGAUUUUAUCAUGAUCAUCCUUACGAAUUAUUAAUACCUCGAGUUUUAAUAGAGAAUAAUAAUAAUGAUGAUAUAUCAAGCGAAGAAGAGGUUUAUAAAUCAUUAUUUGAGGCAGAGAAAAAACAUUAUAAAAUAAGUGGUGAAAGUGUGAUAAAAUAUCAAAAAUUUUUAAUGUCAACUGGGAAAACUAAAAAUGAAGCUUAUGUUGAAGCAUGUAAUGAAUUCUACAAGAUUCGAGCAAGACAAGAAGUUGAAGAACGUAUUGCAGAAGAACAAGCAAUAGUAUUUGGAUCUAAAAUAAAUAAAUCAGAAGUUGAAAAAACAUUAAAGAAGGAAGCUAAAAAUCUCAAAAAUUCAAAUAUAAUCCAAAUAUUGAGAAGAUUUUAA